AUGUACUACGAGACCAUACUGACUGUCCCUCAAGCGGACGCUCUCUUCACUCCUCCUUCAUCCUACUCUCCACAGAAGACCCUCGCUAGGUUGGACCUUCGGUUGGAUUCCCACUCUGACGACACACUAGACGCUGAUAUCUUCAACAUGAUCGGUACUGGAUCGCCUCAGCCAUACAUCAAAGAGGAAGUCGACGACAUGCAGUUCAACUCCGGCCGCUUUGGAGGCCACAACGGUUUCGACAUGAACCAGCCAUACAACAACAACAACAACAACAACAACAACAACAACAACCACCCCCACUUCAGCUCAGCACACGAGGGUGCAAGUGCAAUCGACCCCUCGAACCUCACCAUGAGCGGGAGCAUGAACAUCAACAGCCAGUUUGGAUCGACCAGCUACGUCCACGGCGCUGCAAACAUCGCAGACGACGAACUUGCAGACUCACUGGGAUUCAACGGUUUCGGCCAGGACAACCUGAACCAGCCAGACUUGUUCCACUCCAAUGCCAACGCCUCGAACAUCAACCAGAUCUACUCCAACACCCCAGACGAUCUGCCCAUCCAAAGCCCUUUUGUGCACCCGGGCGGCUUUGACUUCAACCAAUACCAAUCUGGACCCCAAAGAAUGGGCUUCCCCAACAGCAUGCAGACCAGCUCGAUGCGACACCGAAUGGCCAUGAGCAGGACUGGUUCUGACACCCGCACCCCAAUGUCGCCAAAGACUCCGGCCAUGGCCAGCCUUCACCUUGGCACACCUGACUCGGGCAACUUUGCAUCUCAACCCAUCAUGACCAACAUGCACCGUCAUCAGAAGAGCGUGUCUGGACAGUGGGAAGGCACGCCUGGCAGCGCUCACUCGUGGAUCGACUCGCCCACGCAGUCACCUCACACAGCAUCGUUGCACCACCAACAGAUCAACGAGGUCAUGCACGGCAAGCAUGCGUCCUUGCCUAACAAGGUCGACAUUGGUCAAACCCAGGACGCGAAGAAGCGCCGUCGCCGCGAGUCCCACAACCUUGUUGAGCGUCGUCGUAGAGACAACAUCAACGAGCGCAUCCACGAUCUGUCUCGUCUCGUACCUCAGCAUCGUCUCGAGGACGAAAAGAUCCGCAAGCACAUCAACAACAAUGGUCCCCUCUCACCAACAAUGGGUGCCACUGGUAUGUCGCCACCACAAGCCACAUCCUUGCUGGCUGGUGGUAGUGGCAGACGAGCUGCUGGCAACAUCACCCAAGGCUUGCCCAUGGAAGAGAAGGACAAGGGCCCAAACAAGGGGGAUAUUCUCAAUGGAGCCGUCAGCUGGACUCGUGAUCUCAUGUGGAUGUUGUACAAGAAGAUGGAGGAGAAUGAGGAGCUGGCCGCCCGCCUUCGACAGGCUACUGGGGAGGAGUGGCCCGAGAUGACCGAAGACGAGAAGCGCAUGAAGACUGAGAUCUUGGAGGCCGUCGAGAAGAACGGUGCCGGUACUUUUCGAUACUCUCGUGGCCCAGGCUCUGGCCUUCGAGUGCCCAAGCACACUACCCUUGCUGGCGAGCCUUUGUCCGGCCUGUCGCCUCAGAGCCUCAGCCCUGGCAUGCAAAGCACAGGCAGUGGCUCCGGCUCCAACCAGCAACAGUACUGGUCGAAUCAAGCUCUCAAAGAAGAAGACGAGUACGGCAUGGACAUGGGUUGA